CACCUCCUGCAGCUUGACUGUUGUUAGCAACAUCUCAGCAUACUACUGAACGCCUCAUAAUCUUCUGGUCAACAAGCUUAAUUCACUUUGGGAUUUUAAAAACCACGGUUCGCAAGGUGUAGCCGUUAACAUCACGUUACAGACGCUGUCUAUCACUGACGGUCCACUUUGGUUCCUGGUAUUUUAUAGCUAGCUAACGGUAGCGUUAGCAGAGCAGCUACAGGGAUGGCGGAGGUUCCCGGGACUUCGAGUGAGACGAUAACGGAGACUGUUCAGACGAGCACGCCGCCGCCGCCCCAGCAGGAGGGACGCAGCCUGACAAUCAAGCUGAGGAAGAGGAAGACGGAGAAGAAGGUGGAGUGGUCCAGUGACACCGUCGACAACGAGCACCUAGGAAGAAGGUCCUCCAAAUGCUGCUGUAUCUACGAGAAGCCUCGACAGUUCGGAGAGUCGUCCUCCGAGAGCGAGGGAGAGGACGAUGAUGAAGGUUGCGGCAGCGCUCACUGCAUCUUGGGCCAUGGCAGGAGAGAUAAUGGACAGACGGGGGGUGGGGGGGCCAUGGCGCCCCCAAACUCUGGGGGGUCACACAGCCACUAGUGUGGGGGUCUCGCCACGACAAUGACACGUACAAACUGCACUCUUUUCUUUUAGUUUAGUCCAUCCCUGAGCUGCAGAGGAGGCAGCACAGACACAGGGAUUACUGAGUCAGCAUAAUUACACAACCUGCUCUCUAAAAAGAUGCAUGCACAGUCAACUGACAUGCAUCACAUGGAAUAAGUCAAAGUGUUAUGGAGUCAUGCUGUGAUGGCGCUAGAUUUGAAAAGGCCAGUCUUUCUGCAUGUGUUGGUUCCUUUACUGCAGAUCACUCAGUAUCUCACUGCUGAGCAUUUUCCAAAGCAUGUAGCAUUUGAAAAGCGUUCCUGAUUUCCAUUGAUAUCCAUUUACUUAACUCUGCUGACAAUAAACUCCGAGGUGUGUGAUCCAUCAUAGGAACGCUGUCAGAGUGCAGCGCUGCAACUGCCCUUUGUUUUCUUCAUUUGCUGAAUAUCUUCUUCGUUAUUUGAGCAGUAAUAUUUGUAUAUAAAUGUGGGAAGAAUGUCUCUCACUCUCCACGACUCAAGGUGACGAACAUUAUUCAAAUAUGCAGCUUGUAUGAUAAAGAAAACACACUGCAGAGAACAGGGACUGAACAUAUGGAAAUAUUUGCUGAUUUCUUUUCUCUACUGAUAAAUUCAUUAAGAAAUCUAUGUAAGAGGAUCAUGGCCACUUCCUAACAUAAGAAUUGAUUUGGGCCUGAGUUUUUUUUUUUCAGAAUUCUGAGAUAAGUCAUCAUUAAAAUGUUUUUUUUAACUUUGGCCAAAUCAGAUGAAAGUCUAAAUUCUGAGAUUACAUUUAGAAAUCUGAGCAAAAAACUCAUUUGAGAAUUUUUUAACAAUUCCAUUUUUUUUGUACUUUUGGUCACAUCCCAAAAGAGUGUUCUCAUGUGGCUCCUAUCCUCUUCUGCAGGAAUCAGUUCAGCUCCAUUGACCAUUUUUCUUUCUUAAUUUAUUUAUUUAUCAUUUAGUAAGAAUGUAGGGUGAUGUUUUAGACAUUUUCUUAAUUAAAUGGCGUGUUUAUUCCAGAAACAUUUAACAACAUAUUUGCUUCACAAUUGUAUAUGUAAAUAUAUGUAAUCACCGCCCAAUGUUAACUUCCAGUGUUAAAGAAAACAAGCCUUCACAGAAGUGAUGUGUGUUCUGCACAAAGCUUUGGAAAAUGGUCGGCAGUUCUUUAAACAAUAUUUCAUUGCCAAAGUAAACUGAAAUAUGUAAAAAAAGAAAACCACUAUUGACAUAUUGUGUAUGGUGUGAAGUGAUGUGGACUAUUGAAAUGCUCCUGUACAGCUGAUAUUGUGCUGACUCAGCUUUAAGCAUGGCAGCCACUGUAACCCUUUAACAUCAUUUGAACUCCAGUGCAACACAAUGCCAAUGCUUGUCACAAAGUUUCAUACUGCCUAUUAAAGAAUUCUCUGUAAUUCUUUGGGAAAUGUUCCUCAG